GGAUGGAGAGGACUGAGGGGGCCCGGGCUCCUGGCUCGGGCGGUGCCGCUGACAGGCAGGUGGGCGCGGCUAUUCCCGGUCCCGUUACCAGUAGCCGGAAAGUUUGGGCCCCGCUCGUUGCCUUCGCCUCCAGCCCGACUUUGAUAGGCCCCUGGGGAAGUAACUGCUCCUCCAACUGUGGGAAUGGCUGGAGGAGGGUCGGGGGAGAAUUGGGGUAAAACCCUGGCGACAAUGGAAUGGCAGCAGUCUCCCUCCUCCCCGGGGCUAAGUUUCUGCGAAAGCUUUAACUUCGAGUUUAUCUUUCGGAUCAAAUCCUCGGCUGCUGCCUCGGAAAGAAGGCUUUUUCCAAGUGACAGACGCACUGAAUCAAAGUAGAGGAGGGGCUGUGAACACAGUUAAUUCACAACUAGAAGUGUUUGUGUGCGUGUGGAUUUAUUACAAGAGAUCGUUCCAACUCAGCUGAUAUUCAUCAUCCCGGGAAGGUGUCUUUCUGGAUGGGAUCUUGCUGUGUGUGUGCAACGAGUUUGAGAGCUGCUCGCGCUCACUGAGAAAGUCAGCUACCAUACGCGUGUCUGCCUCUGACAGUCCACAUCUCAAUGUUAUCACGAGUCAGACGAGUUGCACUGCUUAGAAAUUAAUUGGAAGAUCAAGACCUUCAUUUAAAAGUCGGGAUGUAUGUUAACUCGUGGAUUUGAGAGUGUCGAUGUCAGCAGCUCUGAUGUAAUGCUUUGAUUGUGCAACUGAAGAUUUCUGCCAAUGAGGAUAUCAACUUUAACCGAGACAAAACCCAGAUACCACAGGGUACACUCUAAUUAGUGCAGAGUGGUGUAGGCACAAAUGUUGUGGUCGACUGAUUUGUCGGUGUAAUCAUGCUGUGACUUUGGUCAGUGUAUGCACGGUUUACAUGACGAAAAUGCUUGGAUGCGUUGGCACUUUUGCUUCUUGCAGGUUGUAUUUUCUGCUCGUUGUAAAGGAGGUUUGCCAAUACUUUUGCUGGAUUCAAGUUGCACUUCAUGAAUGAAACUUUUCUACAAUGGUACCAAAUUUCAAUUAUAUACACUGCCCCAGAACCCUCUCUCUUGAGCCUUAAUCCACUGUGGUUUCACGUUAAGCUUGGGAAAAAAAAACCCCGUCAAGUUGAAGUGCAGUUAUUUCCACUGCAAGUUCAGAGAAGGAAAACAAACCAAACCAAGUAUUCCUCACAGGAGGGUUGAGUAUGGUUCACUUCCCACCUCACAUAAUGGAAAUGAAUUGCACCUGAAACAUGAAAGCAAUGAGGAUGCCAUGAUGUGCUAACUGAGAAAACCAAAUCAUCAGAUAAGCUUCAUGUGCCAAACUGGAUUCUUGAAAAACAAAUUUUGUUAAUGUUCUCCAGACAGAAUGAACAAGCCAUGGAAAGAACGUUUUUUUUUUACCUGGAAAGGGUCAAAUAACGGUUUUGGAGAUGCUGUUGCCAACUAGUGCCCGCUUUUGGCUCAUCUGAAGUUUGUUUAUUACUGAAAUGGAGGUGGUGGAAUGGUCAUCCAAAGAUGUGCUAGCCUGGCUGACCGAGCACGGCAUGCAGGAGUACACCGAUGCAUUUCAGAAUAAGCUUGAUGGCCAGGGCUUAUUAAAACUGUCUCGGGAAGAUUUCCAAAGACCACCUCUAUCUCUGGUUGCAUCAGACAAUGGUCAGCAACUGCUAGAAAAAAUAGAAACACUAAAAAUGGAGCAUCACAUUGAAGUGCACAAGAAUGGUCAUGCCAAUGGUCAUCUUAACAUGGGUCCUAUGAAUGCUGGCAGCGAGAAUGACAUCCAUAAUAAAACCAAAAGAACUGGCUUGACAAAUGGUUACCGAAAAGAAAUGGUUCAAAUCGCCAUGCCGGAAUUGGAGCAAUUUCCAUCCUCUCUGGAAUGGUGGAAGACUGGUGUGGCUUUCCUUUAUGCACUUUCCUGUUUUCUACUUACCACAGUGAUGAUCUCAGUUGUCCACGAACGUGUGCCUCCCAAAGAGGAGCAGCCGCCUUUACCGGACAAAUUUUUUGACUAUUUUAACAGGGUGGAGUGGGCCUUCUCCAUCUGUGAGAUUAAUGGCAUGAUACUUGUAGGAUUAUGGCUGGUUCAGUGGGUGCUAAUGAAAUACAAAUCUAUUGUGGGCAGGAGAUUCUUCUUCAUAGUUGGCACGCUUUACCUGUACAGAUGCAUUACAAUGUAUGUAACAACACUUCCGGUGCCUGGCAUGCACUUCAGCUGUUCUCCAAAGCUGUUUGGAGAUGUGGAAGCACAGAUUAGGAGAAUUAUGAAGAUGAUAGCUGGAGGUGGGCUAUCAAUCACAGGAGCGCACACCAUGUGUGGAGACUACCUGUACAGUGGCCACACUGUUAUGCUAACACUCACCUACUUAUUUAUCAAAGAGUAUUCCCCAAAGCGAUGGUGGUGGUAUCACUGGUCUUGCUGGAUUCUCAGUAUUGUUGGGGUUUUCUGCAUUCUUCUCGCACAUGACCACUACACUGUGGAUGUAGUGGUAGCAUAUUAUAUCACUACACGCCUUUUUUGGUGGUACCAUACCAUGGCCAACCAACAGGUAUUAAAGGAACCUUCCAAGACUAAUUUUCUAUCCCAAGUGUGGUGGUAUAAAUUCUUUCGUUUUUUGGAAAGCAACGUUCAAGGCAUUGUACCUCGUACAUAUCAUUUGCCACUUUCCUGGUCAUCCAUAUCACAGUUCUUUGGGAGAAAUGUUAAAUACAGCAGAUUAGUAACUGAUACAUAACACCAGUCUAUCUAAGGAACUGUGCAAAGUGCUGAAAAUUCCUCUUGAGCUGAUGCCAUAGUGAACUUUCUGCUAAUUCAUGUCCUGCAACAUUCACUUUUACUGAAGUGUUCCAAUUAACUGGUCAGCACUGUGAUCUUUCCAAAGGACUAUGUAGAACAAAAACGAUUGACAUGCACUGUAUAAUCUUUUGUUAAUUGUCUUUUUGUCUUUGGUAUAUGCCAUAAACACAAAAUCACGUUCAAUUGUAUUUGAUAUUAACUGCAUCGGUGGCAAUUGUGUCCUGUCUGCUAGUGUUUUCUUUAGCAUAUGUCUGCAAAGAUGUCUGGGAUAAAUUGUAUUUUUUUCAAUCAGAAAUUCAUCUUUAAUAAUCCUUGCCCCAAAGACUGGGCUUAAAAGCCAUUUUCUUAGAAAUGUUCAGAUAUUAAAGAUGGUUGAUGAAUAAGGAUCGGGGUCUGUUUGCAAACAAACUCUGCAUUUUCGAACCAAUGUGGCAAAAGAAACUUUAAGUGCAAAAAUGUUUUAUAGCAAUCAUUCUUGUUAUUUAUGUUAAAUGAAUGUGGCAGUGCAAAAAAAAUCUACACAACAGUUUUUCAAGUAUUUUAAAAUGAGGUCUGCGUAUAAUGGUGGACUCCAAGAUUUACAUGAUAGCAAGAAUGAAAUCAGCACUGGGUGGAAAUUUUGACUGAUAUUGUUUGUUUUCUAGUGCCUUUUCUUGUCCUGAUUGUAUGGUCAGUAGGUGGUCUCAGAUGUAGUAUAUGAAAACUCAAAAAGCCUAUAUGUAUAUUACCUUGAAUAUUGAGUUAAUAAUUAACUGUUGCAGAAUUGCAAAAUGUAAGCUCAACAGUGAGCAUUCAGUUUUGUAGUUAAUGUUUGUGCACACUUUGUCUUGAAUACUUUGAGAUAUGGGGUGCAAAAUAUAAGAAAAUGGUAAUAUUCAAUUCACUAACUAUGGGCAUGUCCUGUUAGAUAUUACUGUACAGGUAAAUUAUUUUAUUAUAUAAAUGGGAAGUACAGCACUGCAAAUCUAACUGUUGUAUUUCAACUUCCUUUUUACAGAUUUUGCAUUUUUCUUAAAUAUCAAGUCAUAACAUGAAGGCAAAAAAAAAACUGAAUUUAUGUGCAGAGGUUAAUGUACUAGCAAAGUAUCCAUGCUCCUCUGUCCCAUUAGUUGGUAAAUCAGCUACAGAGAUACUCUAUUUCUAUAAAUUUUAUUAUAUUUGUGCAAAUAAUGCAUGUAGUCUCACCCAAAUCAAAAGUCAAGUGAAAAUGAAGUCUCUAUUUGCCAAUGUGAGAAAUAGUUUUUUAUUGCAAAUUAUAUGAUCUCCAUUCUGUAUUUUAUGUGAAAGAAAGUUCUUUUCUGUAGUUUUGUGUAUACACAAGGUGAUAUUUGUAUUGUAAAACAAUUAUGGUGAAGGAUGGAAAAUAAAAAGCUUUAAAUGUAA